AUGGCGACUGAAAAUAACGACGAGAAACUUCUAAAACAAUGUAUUCAAUCUAUUAUUGAUGCUGUUUCCGAUACAAUUAAUCAGUCACCAGGAGAAAACAAUUCCCCACAAUUACUCAAUAAUCUACGAAAAAAAAUUAAUAAAAUCGCAGACAAAUCUUUUUCUUCAUUAUCAACACAAUGUCGAAAUUAUCUUUUGAAUAUUUUAUGUGAAUAUCAUUAUAGUGAAAAACACAAGACUUUAUCUGAUUCAUUUACAAACGAUAUGUUAGAUUCAUUUUUACAGGAUCUUCAAGGUCGAUUACAAUCUCUUGAUGUCUUUCACGCUGCAUGGAGUGGUAAUCAAUUGAUUGUUGAAGAAUUUAUUGAAGACUAUCCGCAGUUAAUGGAUAAAACGGGUCUUUAUGAAACUACACUUCUGUAUUCAGCAGCUCGAAAUAAUCAUUUCGAUUUAGUCAAAUAUCUUAUUGAAGACGCUGAAUGUUCUGUCAAUGCUCGAAAUGAAGAAUAUGUUCAGAAAGAUCAAGCAGUUACUACAAAAAGAGCAACCAUUAGUUCAGUAGCAUUACAUGCUGUUUGUUUUCAAGGACAUUUAGAUAUUGUCACCUAUUUAAUUUCACAUGGUGGUGAUUAUUAUAUAUUAAAUAAUGCUAAUGAAACACCUGUUCAAAAUGGACAACGUACAUCCAAUAUUCGAGAAUUUUUUAAAGACUUUUUAAUAUUUGCAAUGGAACAAUGGAUUGCGUUUCCACCAGAUAUAUCAGAUCAACUUCAACAAUCGUUAACUAAAAAAACAUUUGAAACUGAACUUCGUUUGAAAACAGGUCGAGAUCGUUCUCAUAUUUCAAUUACAAAAUUUCUACGUUUCGGACCAGAUCCUGAAAAACCCAAUAAUUCUGCUUGGAUUCGUUGUCGAGGUUCAUCACUUCAAAAUUUUCAUUGUUAUGCUCAAUGGCAAAUGAUGUUUAUUCGACAUCCAACAGGCACCAUCAAUCCAUCGCCUUCGAUAGAAGUACUUGAUAUGUCAACAGAAACAGCAAUGAAUUAUCGAAGACGAUAUGUUAAUAUUGUUUUAAAAAUUCUUGAAAAUGAACGAAUAACAUUAAAUCUAGAGACUUUUUCAUUUACAAAUGGACAAAAUACAAUUGUAGGUUUUUUAAGAUGGAUACCAAAAUUAAUCUCGAAUAUGACAGAUUUAUUAUCUGUUGAUAAUUUUGAAUUAACUAAUAAUUCGAGUGUUAUAUUACUUACAACAACAUGUGUCAAACAAGCACAAGAUAAUAAAAUUAUUUCGCCCGAUCAAAUGCGUUACUACUAUGAGUUGAUAUAUGAGAAUGCCUUUCAAAACGAUGAUUUAGAAUUUUCAAAUAAGCGAGGAGAAAACGAAAAUGAUACGAAUAAUCUAAUACAAGUUAUUCAAGGUGAUUUAUUAAUGGAAACGACUGAUGUGAUUGUUGUUUGUUCAUUAUCGAAAUUUUUAAUGGACCACGUUUUUAACGCUGGUGGAAAAUCAUUAAGAUCUGCUUUUGAUAAAAAAAGGAAAGAAAACGAAAACUAUUCGAUAAUUAGUAUUCGAACAGAAGGUUCACUUAAAUGUAAAGCAAUUUAUUUUGUUCCAUGGAAACCAAAUUCUGAUGAAAAUCGACUUUGUCAAUCAAUUAAACAAUUAGUAAAAAAUGUCAUUAAAAAAGCAGUGAGUGAAAAUUUUCAAAGUGUUGCUUUUCCGGCUAUUGGCUGUGGAGGAUUUGAAUGUUCAACAAGUCUUAUUGCUAAGACAUUUAUCGGUCAAUGUCAACGAUUAUUAGUGAAAUAUCCUUUAUCAAUUGUAUUUGUCAUUCAACCUGAAAAAGUUGAGAUCUAUGAUGAAUUUCGUCAACAUAUUGGUUUAUCCAAACAUGGACAAACAACAGUCAAAGAACCACCAGUAUCUUUAAGAAUAGGAAAUGGAAUUAUUGAAGUAAAAAAAGAUGAUAUUACAAAGCAAAAAGUUGAUGUUAUUAUUGCCGCUGGUGGUCAAGCUCAAAUUGUUUAUACUAAAGAACUAACAGCUAAUUUAAAUGCAUCAGUUAUUAUUACUCCAUCAGGUCAUUUGCAUUGUAAAAAUAUCUUCUUUUUCAAAUGGGAACCAAAUAAAAAUAAAACUAUUCUUCAACAAUCUAUAGUCGAUCUCAUAUCGAAUAUAGUACAACAUGUUAACUCAUAUAAAUAUACUUCAAUUGCAUUUCCUGCUCUUGGAUGUGGUAAACAUGCUUGUUCAGUUGAUAUUGUUGUUAAAACAAUGGUUAGAGAAAUGAAACAACAAAUUAAAAAGAAUGGAUUACCAUGGACAGAAAAAUUCAUUAUUCAUCCAAGUCAACAAAAUAUUUAUGAUGAAUUUUGUAAACAAGUUCUAUCAUCGGAUCAUGCAUCCAACGAUUAUCGAUUACCUUCAACAUGGGAACGAUCUGAUGACGAUGAAAUACGAUUUAUUGUACCGAAAAAUACCGACGAAUAUAAACAAAUUAUCAAAAAACGUCUAUAUCAUGGUUGUCCAGAAGGACCGGCAGAUGCGAUUAUACAAGAUUGUUUUAAUCGAAGUUUUGCUGGCGUCAAUGGUAUUUUUUAUUUAGUAAAAUUUCAAUUAUAUCUCUAUGAAUCGAUUUUAGGUACACUGUAUGGUUUUGGGGUUUAUUUUUCAUCACGGGCAACUUACAGCCAUGGCUAUGCAGUAUCAAAUAAAAAUAAAGAGCAUUGCAUGUUUGUUUGCCGUGUUCUUGCUGGAAAAACUACUAAAGGAGAUGGUUCAAUGAAAGUUCGGCCAGCUGGAUUCGACUCAACGACAGAUAGAAUUCACAUGACUGUUACUUAUCAUGAUGCUCAAGCAUAUGCUGAAUACUUAAUAACCUACCAAUAA